AAUAAUUCUAAGAAAUUGUAUUUUAUGGAAGACGGGCUCAAUGGACUUGUUUCCAGAGACGUAAUAAAUAAAUAAAAAAAAAACAAAAAGAUUCUCUCUGUCUCUAACCACUGUAGUCCCGAUGGAGAUAAAGAGGCGGGAAAAUUUUAAGUUCAUUGCCGACAUUUUAGUUUGUAAAUAUUAGUCAAUAAUAUAAGAAUGAUGCUGCGUCAGGAAAUUAAAGAUAUGUUACAAACUUUAAAAGCUUGCGACCGAGGCCAAAAACGUUUUCUAUUAAAGGUAAUAUUUUAUACUUUGCUAUAAUAAUAGACCAAAGAAAUUUUGAAUAUUAUAAUAUUAUGUAAUUAUAAUGUAAUAAAAAUUCUAGCAUGUAUGGAAAAUAUUAGCGUUUCGUUUCACUUACUUUCUUGGAAGAAUUUUUAGCUUGAUUGGGAUUUAAAUGGAGUAAGAGCUUAAAUAAAUAUCUACUUCAAUAUGGGUUUCGUACCUACCUACGUACUGACGAAAUAACAAAUUGGAUAAUGGAAUAUCUAACAAUUUUAUUUCAGAAACUGGCAUCUAGCAUUCAAUGUUCUAAUACGGAAAACUUACAAAUGUUAUUAGAUUUUAUAAACACAUUAUACGACAUAGAACUACAAAUAAAAUUAUUUUCUAUUCUUUCUUAUUAUUUGAUAAAUAAGGAUACAUACAUUAAUAUCUUUGUCACAUGUAACCCCUUAUACGGUGCUAUAGACCGUGUUAUUUCAAAAAAUCUACCUCAUAAAACUUCAGUAGUUAUAAACUUCUUGACUAUAUUACUCCAAGGCGACUUUAUUGAGAACUAUACUUGGAGAAGAAACAAUUUAUACGUGCAUGCACAAACUCAGAUCCGAGUCAGUGGAUGCUUGGCAAGCAUGGCAGAAAUGUUCAUUAAUGGCAUGGUGUACCAAGACACGUGGAGGGCACUUUGUCGAUGCCUCGUUGAGACUUGUAAUGACUCCAAACAAAAUCAAAAUUUCUGUACUUAUCUCAUUCCUAAGUGCGUCAAACUAUGUAAUCUAAGGAAUAUGGAGACAUUUCCAGUGUUGGAAAGCUUGAUUUAUAAAAAUAUACGGAAUACACAGUUGUUCUUAGAAUGUGAUGGAAUGUCUUUAUUUAAAAGAGAAUUACUUCAAUACGAAAGCAGUUUGCAUCUGUUGAAUUCAGUUGUUGAGACUUCUAUUGAAGCUACCAUGGUUGCACAGGAUAUGAGUAUUUUACAGCACGUGCACGACUUACUGCGUUCAUGCGGACCUUAUACACCGACAGGAGACUGGGCGACCAUAAUCUUAUAUAAUGCUAAUAUUAAACUUAAAGAAUACGACAUUGAAACCACUGGAAAUAAACAAACUAAACAUAAUGCAAUGAGUAAAACCGUAACAAGUCCUAAUUUUCAAAUAGUUGAUGAUGUUAAUGACUCAAUGCUGUUUAAAAAUAUAAAUGAAGUUGUUCAGUGGCAUGCAAAAGAGGAAAAUAUGUUUAAUAAUAUUUUUAUGAAAAAUAAACAUCAACGCCCAAGUACGCGCUGGAACAUGGACAUGAAACAAUUCGACGAGAGACCGCAGCAUUACGGUUUCAUCAAUGAUGAAACAGUAAAAAAAUCUGUCCGUGCUCAACGAACCAGACCAAGCGACGAAUUAUCGUUUUCUUUUUUAAAAAACCAUUUCCGAGAUAGCAAUAAAUACAUGCUAAGUGACAGACACGAAAUUACAAAAAAAAGCUAUAAAGUUAGUGAAAAUUGUGCAAAGACACAGAAUGAUGAAUAUGUUGAGAUUAGCUUCACAAAUACGCCUAUUGUCACGACACAAACAGCCAGUCAAUUAGAUAUUAGUAAAUUUUAUAAAGAAUGUGAAAAUAAUAGCAGUCUUGUAGAUUUAAAAAAAUUUAAGCCGACUUUUGUGUCUACCCCAAAACAAAUAAAAAGCAAAUUGGAAAAGAUUCAGGGCAGUAAGAAAAUUAAUAAUGUUAAAAAAAGAAAAUUCAUGAAGAGUUAUAACUCCACAGUGGCCAGAAAAAAAGGAAUAGAUAUAUCCUUACAACAAAGAUCAAUUAAAGCGAGGAUAUUCAACGCUAUCAAUAAUUCAUGUACUGCCGUAAUAAAUUCCGUAACGAAUAUAUUUAAACCAAAAAAUGUUGAUCAUACUAUAAAAAAUUCAAAUUCUAAGGUAAAAGAUAAUGAUUUGGCCACAUGUUCCUAUAGUUUUACCGAAUACAUGCGUAAGAGAGACGCUGUAUCAGAUGCCAGAAUUGCUCCUCCGAAUGUGGAAGAAAACUUACACGUUGAACCAGACUCGUGCAGAUCAUGUAAUAGCACGGAAGCCUUGAAACUUAAAAUGAUAAACGAUACAGUUUUAAAAGACACUGUUAGAAAACUCAAAGUAGGCAUCAACAUGCAUGGAUGUGACUUUAAGAAAAUUUCAAAUAUUAUGUGGCCACAUGAAGCUUAUAUGACCCCGACCAUGUUAUAUAACUUGUAUCGUAAAUUAAUAAUGAAAUAA